AGCAACGGAAAGCUACGCAAGCGAGCGAGCGAGCGAGGCAACCUCCCUCUGCCUCUCCCUCCUCCCCUUCCCCUUCUUGUUGAUUUUCUUGGCCCCCCUGAAAGCUCCCAUCUUGGGGAGUGCAGCGAGGAGGGGAGCGGCGGAUUUGUGUUCCUUUUUCUUUUAGGGAUUGGUCGGUCUCCUGCGAGGAGCUGGAUUGUUUGAUUGUUUCAGCUACGUUUCUUCAUCAGGCGGGGCAGGUCGGUCUGCCCUGAUUUGGAAUCUGGGGGGAAUUUUGGGCCCCGUUUCUUGGUUUCAUGUUUUUGUUCCGGUGGAAGGAGAAGGAUUUUGGUGCGGAAUUCGAGGCGUGGUGAUGAACUCUUGGGUUCUUGAAUCCGAGGUGCCUCUUUGACGUGUUCUUGAUCCUUGUGUUUUUCUUGGAGAAUUCCGGCGGAGUUUGCUUGAAAAAUUUCCGGAUUUUGGGGGGGUUCUUGGGGACGCGAAUCUCCCCCACGGUUCUUGAUCCGGCUCCAUGGGUCUCUGCCAUGGCAAGUCGGCCGCGGUCCUUGAGCCGACGGUGGUGGAGGAGGAGGAGGAGGAGGAGCAGCCGCGUGUAGCCGAGGCCGCGGCGGCGACUCCCGCCAAGGGGGCAGCGUCGCCGGCGCCGUCGGCGGCGGCGGCGGCGAAGCCCGGCACGCCGAAGCAGCACAAGUUCCCGUUCUACCUGCCGAGCCCGCUUCCGCCGUCGAGCUACAAGGGCUCGCCGGCGAACUCGAGCGUGGCCUCGACGCCGGCGCGGGGCGGGUUCAAGCGUCCGUUCCCGCCGCCGUCGCCGGCGAAGCACAUCCGCGCGCUCCUGGCGCGGCGGCACGGCUCGGUGAAGCCGAACGAGGCGUCCAUCCCGGAGUCCGGCGAGCCGGGCGUGGGGCUGGACAAGAGCUUCGGCUUCUCCAAGCACUUCGCCGCCAAGUACGAGCUCGGCCGCGAGGUGGGGCGCGGCCACUUCGGCUACACCUGCGCCGCCAAGUGCAAGAAGGGCGAGCUCAAGGGCGAGGACGUCGCCGUCAAGGUCAUCCCCAAAUCCAAGAUGACAACUGCUAUUGCCAUUGAAGAUGUCAGAAGGGAAGUCAGAAUACUGAGUUCAUUGACAGGCCACAACAACUUGGUGCAGUUUUAUGAUGCUUUCGAGGAUGAAGAAAAUGUAUAUAUAGUUAUGGAAUUAUGCAAAGGAGGUGAACUGCUGGACAGGAUUUUAGCUAGAGGUGGAAAAUAUUCUGAAGGAGAUGCGAAGGUUGUUAUUCGCCAAAUCCUAAGUGUUGCUUCAUUUUGUCAUCUUCAAGGUGUCGUUCAUCGGGAUUUGAAACCAGAGAAUUUUCUUUUCUUGUCAAAGGAUGAGAACUCUUCCAUGAAGGCCAUAGACUUUGGUUUGUCUGACUUUGUAAAGCCAGAUGAGAGGCUUAAUGACAUUGUCGGAAGUGCAUAUUAUGUUGCUCCUGAAGUGCUCCAUCGUUCUUAUGGCACUGAGGCAGAUAUGUGGAGCAUUGGAGUAAUAGUGUAUAUUUUGCUUUGUGGUAGCCGUCCUUUCUGGGCAAGAACUGAGUCAGGAAUAUUCCGAGCUGUGCUGAAAGCAGAUCCUAGUUUUGAGGAAGCCCCAUGGCCUAACCUCUCUGCUGAAGCAAAAGACUUUGUAAGGAGGUUGCUCAAUAAAGAUUACCGCAAGAGGAUGACUGCUGCGCAAGCCCUAUGUCAUCCGUGGAUUCGUGGUACUGAAGAAGUGAAGCUUCCUUUGGACAUGAUAAUUUACAGGCUUAUGAGGGCUUACAUAAGUUCAUCUUCUUUGCGGAGAGCUGCAUUGAGGGCCCUUGCCAAAACAUUGACAGCAGAUCAACGCUAUUACCUAAGAGAGCAGUUUGAAUUGCUGGGCCCAAACAAGAGCGGUCUUAUAACCUUGCAAAAUUUGAAGACGGCCUUGAUGAAGAACUCCACAAAUGCAAUGAAGGAUUCUAGGGUUGUUGACUUUGUUAACACAAUAUCCAAUAUUCAGUACAGAAAGUUGGAUUUUGAGGAGUUUUCUGCGUCGGCCAUAAGUGUUUACCAGAUGGAAGGCUUGGAAACCUGGGAACAACAUGCCCAGCAAGCGUACGACUUUUUUGAUAAGGAGGGUAACCGGCCAAUUGUGAUCGACGAACUCGCAUCGGAACUUGGCCUUGGCCCUUCGGUCCCUCUACAUGUCGUCCUCCAGGAUUGGAUCAGACAUCCUGAUGGAAAACUGAGUUUCCUCGGAUUCAUGAAACUAUUGCAUGGAGUUUCUUCCCGUACAAUCCCCCAAAACCUGAAAUAACUUGUUUUCUCACAUCCACCGAAGAAAAGAGUGAUGACUAAACUAAUCUCUGGGCUGUUUGGAGAAGCUUGCAUGGAACCAGUACAAAGAUUAACAAGCUUUCCUAGUGUAAGAGGUGAUGAAAGCUCUCCAAUCAGGCCUAAAACCUAUCUCGCCUUCUCACCAGAUGAUUGAUGUUGUUUGUACUCAGGUCUGCUUAGAGGAAUGUACAGAUGAGUUUAGGAAACAGGGAAAAAGAAUGAAGUGCUAAGAAAAAGUGGUACAUGGGUUUAAUUUUGAUUGGUGUCUCUGCAUUGUAACUGUGUGCGUUUGAUCUUGCCGAUCUGUGAAUUUCGUGGUUGAUCUGAUAACUGAAAUGUAGUUGGGGGCAUUGAAAUGGGGUGGUAUCAUUGUCAAAUUACUUGGAUGUUUGUUUGCAA